AUGGGACAAACGCCGUUGCUAUCGUCGCUCGAGCUGUACAAUGAGCUGAAGAGGCAGCUGCCCGAGUUUAUCCAGGCUCUGGCUGAGAAAAAGGCGAGUGCAGUAUGCUCCUGGAGCACCAUUGAGUGCGUCAUUGGCCGUCAGUACUUCCCGGCCAAGGAUGACCCCGAGGCCAAGUACAUUGGCUGGAACUGGAAGAACUCCUACGGCUUCGACAUUGUCGACGGCGACUCCCUUGAGGAGCAGCACCGCAAGGUCGAGCAUCGGCUGCCGGCCCUGCACCGUGUCGAGUCGACGGGUCUGCCGUCCUGCUUUAAUGGUCUGAUGGGCGUAUAUGGCCGCGCUCGCGAUAACAAGGCCGAGGCGCCGUACCCUGGUCUCGACGGCAAGUUCCGCCUGCCGACGACAUACGGCGACGGUUCGCCGAUCCCCUCUGAUGUGCUAGACAAGGUUCUGGAGAUUGCCGACAGUAUCGGCUUCUGGUGCCGUGGCAAGUGGGUGAUGUAG